GCUACUUAGCCGAUACGUCAAUUCAUUUCCUAACCUGUUUUAGGGUUUAGGUGCAAGCACUAUCAUUAUCGUUAGGCUACUUGUUUCAAGUAUUUCUAGUUGAAAUUCCAUAAUGAUUACUCUUAGCACGAAUGAAAAUAACCCUGCAGCCUUAAAGUUAGUAAUAGCUGCUAAAUGUACGAAACGAGAAAUAGAAAUAAACAAAGUAAACUUGAAUGAUAAAAAUGUGAAACCGCCUAAGCAUCUACCAUAUUUCGAAUUGGAUGAUGAAAUAAUUUUCACAUCAAAUGCUGGAUUGUUGUACCUUUUACCACCAUCUGAGGAAAACAAAUGCAAAGCAUACGAAUGGUUAGAAUGGGAAUCUACUAUAUUAACACCAGUUAUAUCAUUUCUUAUUGGAAAUUCUUCAAAAAAUAGUGUACAAAAGAACAAAUUUGUAUCUUGUUUGAAAAAAUUGAAUUUGAGUUUGGAAAACAAACGAUUUUUAUUGGAAAAUUCACUUUCAUUGUGUGACAUUAGCAUUUGGUCUAUACUUUAUCCGCUAGUUAAGGAUGUGAAGCUCUGUGAAGAGUACGUUGAUAAGUCUUCAGCUUUGUUCAAAUGGUUUCAGACCAUUGAAGAAAAUUCUGCGGUAGUGGAAGCUUUGAAAGUUUAUAAUGUUGCUUCAGGACAGAUCUCUUACCAAGUCUUAUUAGCUAGCACUAAAUACUUCAAUGAAUUUGGUUCAGAAAAUGCCAAUUCUAGUUCUCCCGAUCAUGUAACAGAUGAGGUUACAUUAGAAGAAAUUGAAGCUGCCAAAGAGUCAUGGAGGAAGGGAAUUUCUAAUGAUAACUUAAAAUGUGAUAAACCUGUUUUACCUAAACCUAACGAGAAAAAUGUAUUAAUAACAUCUGCAUUGCCUUAUGUUAACAAUGUACCUCAUUUGGGUAACAUUAUAGGUUGUGUAUUGUCAGCAGAUGUUUUUGCAAGGUAUUCACGACUUUUGAAUCACAAUGUAUUAUUUGUUUGUGGAACAGAUGAGUAUGGAACUGCUACUGAAACAAAAGCUUUAGAGGAAGGACUAUCAUGUCAACAAAUCUGUGAUAAAUACUUCAAAAUUCACGACGCCAUCUAUAAAUGGUUCAAUAUCAGCUUUGAUCAUUUUGGAAGAACUUCUACUCCUCAACAAACAGAAAUUUCCCAAGAUAUCUUCUUGCAACUCAAUAACAAUGGAUUUAUAUUUGUUGAAUCUGUGGAACAGUUGCAUUGUGAAAAAUGUGAUCGAUUUCUUGCUGAUAGAUUUGUUGAAGGUGGUUGUCCCAAUAUAGGGUGUACCUAUGAAGACGCUAGGGGUGAUCAGUGUGACGGAUGUGGCAAGCUAGUAAAUGCAAUAGAAUUGAAGAAUCCCCGUUGCAAGGUUUGUGGAAAUACUCCAAAAGUGAAGUCAUCCUCUCAAUUUUUCAUGGAUUUACCAAAAUUAGAACCCCUCCUAUUACACUGGUUCAAAAAGUCAUCACCUGGUUGGUCUGCAAAUGCUCAAACAAUCUGCAAAGCAUGGUUGAAGGAAGGUUUGAAACCAAGAUGUAUAACUAGAGAUUUAAAAUGGGGGGUACCUGUUCCUUUGGAGGGAUAUAGGAACAAAGUAUUUUACGUUUGGUUUGAUGCACCAAUUGGUUAUAUGUCUAUAACGAAGAACUACACAGAACAUUGGCAAAAAUGGUGGAAACCAGAACCAGACACUGAUGUAACUUUGUAUCAUUUUAUGGCCAAAGACAAUGUACCAUUCCAUUCUAUAAUGUUCCCUGCCACAGUUUUAGGAUGUAACAGAGGUUAUGUAACAGUCAAACAUAUAAUGGCCACCGAAUACCUUAAUUAUGAAGAUGGAAAGUUUUCUAAAUCUAGAGGAAUUGGUGUAUUUGGAACAGAUGCCCAAGAGACCAAUAUACCCAGUGACGUUUGGAGGUUCUACCUAUUAUAUGUUAGGCCUGAAUCCCAAGAUUCAAACUUCAACUGGACCGAUUUGGCGACAAAGAAUAAUUCAGAAUUAUUAAAUAAUUUAGGAAAUUUCAUUAACAGGGCUUUGAUGUUUGUCAAAAACAGUUUCAAGAAAGUUUUACCAAAAAUUGAAUUGAAUGAUGAUGAUAUCAAUUUGCUUGCUCUGUGCAAUAGAGAAUUUAAAGGAUACCUUGCUGCACUUGAGAAGGCAAAGUUGAAAGAUGGUAUAAGGCAUAUUUUAGCCAUUUCUAAACAUGGAAAUCAGUAUAUGCAAUCUAAUCAACCUUGGGUAUUACUCAAAGGAACCGAAGAUGAAAAAAUUAGAGGUGGCACAGUAAUUAGUGUUUGUUCCAAUAUUGUCUGUUUCCUAUCAAUUCUACUCUCCCCAUAUAUGCCUGAAACAAGUGCAAAGAUUCGAAAACAACUUAACUCCAAGGAAUUCCACCUGUUAGGUAAAACAGGAAUAACACAAUUGCUACCUGAAGGACAUGUGAUAGGAGAACCAGGACCACUAUUCACUAAAAUUGAGGAAAGCCAAAUAGAAGAACUCAAGAAGAAAUUUGGGGGCAAACAAGAAACUCAAAGUAAAAGUGUUGCCAACAGUGAACUCCCCGAUAUCACUGAUAAGGAUUCAAUACAAAAAAUGGUUGAUGAACAAGCUCUUGCUGUGAGAAAACUAAAAGAAGGAGGAGCUGAUAAGAGUGUUUGGCAACCAGAGGUAGCAAAACUGUUAGCCCUGAAGGCAAAACUCAAAGAAGCUACAGAGAAACAGAAUACUCAAGUGCAGGAUGAAGAUCCCAAAGUUGUUGAGAAGGAAAUUGAAAAACAGGGCAUAGUGGUUAGAAAGUUGAAAGAAGGAGGUGCAGAGAAAUCAGUUUGGCAACCAGAAGUUAAUAAAUUGUUAGCUUUAAAAAAUAAGCUAGCUAGUAUUACUGGAGUCUCAAUAGUUCAACCUAAGGGAAAGAAGGGGAAAAAAUAAUAUGAUCUCUUUUCGGUUGUUAAUAUUUUACAUUCUAAUUUAUUGAUCUAUUUAUGAAGGAAUUAAUUCCUUUCCAAUGUGUUUCAACUUUUUUAAUUAAACUUGGACAUAAUCUGA